GACAGUCGGGUUAACUGGGUUAGAGUAGUUACCCGACCACUUUCGCUUUGGAGCUAAGUUAUCGAUCGGCCUAUAUUCACCGCUGAGCACUCCGGGAGUGCAGAUUAUUUAUGAAUCCAACUCGAAGAGCACUCUGUGAACAUGCUGAAAUUCUCUGGAGCGACACUUUGCCUUUGUUUGUUGACUGUGUUGGACUCACUUGUGUUGUUUGGGACUUGUUCACCGGCUGUCGUGAAGGGUUCUGGUGAGUGUUAUCUGAAACUCAGACUGCUCUUUGCUUUUAUUUCUGCGUCACUUCACCUUUUACAACCAUGCCAGUGCGUUUGUGUGGUCCACUUUCGAUUCAGCCCAAGAGUAAAUUGUCCACUUUAGCGCGGCAUGGCGAGGACAAAAGCUGCAAACAUGCGAGAUUUAUAACAAAUGAGGCAGAUUUAAAGACACCUAUGAGUUAUAUAAUUUGUAUUUAGUCAGUAUGUUUUAAUUUUUCCCAUCCCCCAGUGAGUGUAUGCCACCCCAUAUUCCUACAAGUCAAACAAACUGCAAACUCAUCCCUCCCUGCUGGUCGCUCCUCUCAGUCGUGAAUCGUGUCUCUCCAGUCCUCUGGUGUCAUUUUCACUCACUUUGAUGCAGGUUUCUUUCUGCAAAUGCGCAUUUGUGACAUUCAACACAACUUUGGAUGACUGCAGUACCUUAAAAUGAGGCUGUAAGCGGACACUGGUUUUCAUUUUUCCAAAGUCUGUCUGUGUACCAGCACUUUUCUUUGCUUUAUGUAUUAAAUUCUGGCAGAAACAUACUUGGUUUUCAUACUAAAAUACGAGAAAAUAGCCUCUCAAACUGGGUGGCACCCUUUGUACUCCAUUUUGCUCUCAAUUUUAAAAUAUGUUAGCUAUGAAGUGAUCAGUAACUUUCAUGAAAAUUUAUGUAAAUGUGAGGUUAAAGAUCAGCUAAUUGAAUUGGCAAAUGUACUACAGACAUCUGUUGUUAGAGAUUUAACCUGCUUUUAUUGCAGCCAAAAAUACUGUCUGGGGGUAUUUCUCCUGUUUCAAGCAUAUUUGGGGUUUUCCCCAGGUUUAAUCAAGUCAAGUCAGGGUUUAUUUAUAAAGCACCCUUAAAAGACAGCAGUCAAACAAAGUGCUAUACAUGGGAUGAAUAAAAGAAGUAAAUAAAUAGAUAGAUAACAACAAAAACAAGAUUAAAAACAAUAGAAUAAAAUACAGACAGUAAAAGAGUAAAAGCUACAAUGACUCUGAUUCCUGUGUGAUUAUUGCAGAACUACUCCUGUUUCUACUACAUUAUUUAAAGACUAUUGAAAUACUUGAAUUGACAAAGUACAGUACAAUUGUAUUUUUAUGUUGUCUUUUCUGAGAGUUUUGUUUUAAAUGGGACAGUGUAUGGAACUGUGUAUGUGUGCUGUCUUUGUGCAUGUUUUUAACUUACUGCAAAUGAAUUUCCUCACAGGGAAAAUAGAUUCAACCUAAUAAUCAUAAUAAUAAUAGAUUUUAUAUGUAACGCACUUUACAUUUGAAAACAAAUCUCAAAGUGCACAAAAACAACAAUAACAGUACAAAAAAAGGCAACAAUAACAAUAAAAUCAAGCAACAGAACAAAACAAUAAAAACAGUCAGCAGAUAAAAUCAGUCCGGAUUGGCUUUCAGAAAAAGGAAGGUACCUACCUACCGACCUACCUUCAGAUAUGUUUAUUAUCUCUACAGUAAUCUCCUGCCAGUGUUUAAGAAUCAAAAACAUGCACAGGAAUUUCAAAAUGAUCUGUUUUGUUAACAUUGUUUUGGUCUUCAUGUGUCUGUUUUUCCACCCAAAAUACAGAAGUUACAACUACAACAAUUUAGUGACAGGUUAUUGGGAUUAUUUGAUAAGUUUAAUUUGUGAUUUUUUUUCCAGUAAGUGCCUACAUUUCAUGAACUCCUCCAUUAUUGUCUCAGACAGGAAACAGAUGGUAGAAACGUUCGCAAAUGUUGUGAUAAAAGGCUGUCAGCAGCUGCCAAAGUGAAAGCAGUCAGUUGUUGUAAUGUGUCGUUUUUUUAUCCCCUCACAACAGAUGAGGAUGCUUUCACCAUCCAGCAUACGAGCACAGAGAAGUGCCUUGGUACGGGGUCUUCCACAGACUUGACUCUCGCCUCCUGUGACCCGAACAGCCGGCCCCAGCUGUGGAAAUGGGGCUCAGGCCAUCGGCUCUUCCAUGUGGCCACGUCGCUCUGCUUGGCGUUGAACGUUACCUCAAAGACACUGUCCCUUGUGGACUGUGGCACGGAAAUCCUGCAGAUUUGGCGCUGCAUGGAUGGGGCUGUUUACACUGCUUAUCAGAUGAUUUUGUCGGUCAGCGAUGGCAAAGUCGCCGCCAAACGAGACACUAAUGAUACUUGGGUGAGAGGAGGAUCCCUGGAAAACAUCUGCCAGAGACCAUACCGUGGUGAGUGUGGUUUCACUGUGUUUCAUCUCAGAGAGAAAACGCUUACAUGCUGUAGAUCUGAGCUCUGUGAGAAGUGCUUCGAGCUCCUAUUAUGGAGCUCUCAUGACUCCAUAAUGCAGUCAGGAAAUUAGAGGAGUGAUAAAUUUGAUUUGGGCUGAAUAGAACCUUCAAUUCAGUUAGAGAGUCCAACGCCUGGACGUGUUUUUUUUCCUACUUUGUGAGAAAUUACACUCUUGUUGUUAAUAAGGUGUUACCUUCUCUAGCUUUUGUGUCACAUGACCAAACGGGUUUAGGUACAUUUUAAAACAAGUCUGAUGGAGUUAUCCUCAUUCCAGUGUUUUGUUGUUCACUUGUUACAGGAAACAACGUUUGUUCUCGUCUUUUAAGUGAUCAAAAGUUCCUCUGUAAUCAAAAUCAUCUCUGACUCAGCCUCACAUGCAGACCUGUGAAGUAUGUUUUUGUGGCAAAUUCAAAAGCUGGUUUUCACUUUUGUUUCAUGCUCAUUGCUCACAGUGUGACUGAGCUGACUCAGAUAAAUCUCCUUAAAUGUGUAAAUAGUUUCAAGUAAAGCCCAUAAAAGUAGCUGGAAAAGAUGUUCAAAAGAAGAAGCAUUACGACACAAGCACUGGGUCACAGUUUGGAAUGUCCUAACUCUCUAGUUUAAAGGUGAAGUAAGAAAAUUUCCCAAACAACAAAACUGAGCACAAUCUGUUUAACUCGGCUAAACAGAGGAUUAAAGAGUCUGCAAGAAAAGGACGUCAAACAUGUUUCCCUAAUGUUGCUAACACCUCCAGCCAGCAGGUCAGCAUCCACGUAUCGGUGCUUGUUACGGAUUAGUUGUGGUUUGUUGUUGUGGUCAAGGUCACAGGGGUGAAAGUUUAAAACCAACAAAAUAUCUAAAUUUAUUUUCACAAGACAAAACAAGAGAAGAUGGAGGCUGAUGUGAAGGUGCAACAGGCUGCUUUUCUCAGCUUCUUUGAGUCCAGUAUUUGCACCUGUCUUAACCCUGAACUGAAGCAGCUGACUGCAUCCAUUAAGACGCACUAAUUUAGUGUGUGAUGCAGAAACCUUUCACACACGCUGCACUUAACUCUGCCCCCCUGUCUUUGUGGGUUUAUGGUCCACAGUAAGCAAGUUUCCUAACAAAGAUUUUCCCUCCUACCUCGCCCGUUUCAGCGACAGCAUGUGUUUGGCUUUGACUGUGUGUCUUUAAUAGAAGAAGUUUAGAGAAACCAAUUAGCUCUUUAUCUAGUAACUGCUUUAACAUGACACCCCCAAAAAAAAACCAAACUCUCUUUUCUCUUCCUUUGUCUGAUGCAGUUGUUCACACCACCAACGGGAACUCUAAUGGCGCUCCCUGUGAAUUCCCCUUCAAGUACAACGGCAGCUGGUAUCAUGGGUGCCUCCCAGAUACGGAUCUUCCCGAGAUGUCCUGGUGUGCCAUCACGUCGGACUAUGACAGUGACAGAAAGAAGGGACACUGUCUCACUCCUGGCAUGUCUCAAACUUUACUUUUUACUGUCUCAGAUUUUGACACAUUUAUAAGAUGAUGACUAAUUUUCCUUUUGUUGUAAAUCUUCAUGUGCUAAUACAACUUUAUGAUACAUAUAGAUCACUUGUUUACACUUUCACUGACCUCUGCCCUCUGGCUUUGCAGAGGAGGGUUGCCAGACCCUGUUCGCCGGUCCGGAAGGGGACUCCUGCUAUGAGUUUGUUUCCGUAGCCGCAGUGACCUGGCACGAAGCUUUGGAUUCAUGUCGGAGUCAGGGAGCCGAUUUGCUGAGUGUGUCUGAGCCCGAAGAUCUCUCCUCCCAAACCUGUAAGACUGGUUUACUGUUUGUUUUUUCAUAAUCUACUUUUAUAUCAAGCAUUAAGGCUGAAAACAAAAAACUGAUUUAUUAAUCAUCAGCUUUAUAACAGGUUUAAUGUCAGCUACUUUACAACACAAAAAAAAAUGAACAAAUAAUUCAUCACAAUAUCAAAUCAGCUGGACUCUUCGUGUCAAGGCCCAGGAACCCUAUUAACGUCAGUUUGAGAUCCUUUAUUUUGAAGGUCGCCCCCAACAUAACAUUUAAAGAUACAGAGCAGGUCAUUUUUACUCUUUGUCUGAUACUUUCAUUUUGUAGUUUUACUUCCACAGAAUUAUUUUUUCUAGUCAUAAUUCUUGGCAAUUUCUGUUUUGAUGGAAAACUUGAAGUGAAACUCUAAUAACUAAAAGCACCUUUAGGUCUCUGGCAGCAUGACCUCAUUUCCAUUUAACUCUCUCUCUCUCUUAGAACAACUAUCCCAUUGCUUGCUCUGUAAACCAAUUGUAGCCUUCAGUACAAACAGAUCAUGGGAUUGGAUGAAAAAAAACCACACAUUUAUUAAAUACUGUGUUUGUUGUAGAUGCCAAGAUAGAUCCUCUUUUGGAUCUUCUCUUGAUCAGUUUUACAUUUUAGAUCCUGGUCAACACAUAUUUAAGUGAUUCUCAACAAAAACACUGGCUGUUUUGUUGUAACUUUUUCAUCCUUUAGCCUUUUAUGUUCAGAAAAUAGGACACUAGUUGUAUCUUAAGUGUUUCAUAUGCUAGAGUCACCGCUGCCUGCAUCGCUUUUGCAACAGCACCCAUAUAAACCAAAGUGCAAGCCGCUGAACUCUCCUCUAAAAGCAGAAUGACUCUCCUUUAUCAGCAGCUUUUAUCACAGAUAAAGUGAACUUUUUAUGAUUGAUGAUUGUGAUGUUAACUUCCUGUUGGUUUGUGAUGUACUAUAUGUGUUACCUUUUGUUGCUGUGAUGUUGCACUGUGCAGUUCUGGCCGGCUUUGAAAAAAUGCCUGAGAAGAUGUGGAUCGGCCUUCAUCAGUUAGACUCGUCUCAGGGCUGGCAGUGGUCCGAUGGCUCCCCUCUCUCUGUUCUGCGCUGGGAAACAGGUGAUGAUGUGAUUGUGUUUCUCCUGUUUUUCACUUUUUUCUUUCCUUUGAGUUACUUUCAACUCUUUGCCCUGUUUUUUUAUGAUAACUUUCAUAAUGAUAACUUUAUUUUUAUAGCACUUUUAAAAACAGAAGUUUACAAAGUGCUUUGACAUAUAGUCAUAAAUAAAAACAAAACCUCAGUUAAAACGUAACUGAAGCCAUUUUCAUGUCAUAAAGAAUCCAGACAAUACAGGAACCAUGCAAUGUAAAAUGAGACCAUGAGGAGCAAAAUAAAAACAUAAAAUAGUUAAGAGAAAGAAAAUGCAAUUACAAGCGGAAAACAGGUUAGCAAAAAUAAAAGACAAUAUCAAUAAUGAUAAUAAAAUAAUGAGUAAUACUGAUAAUAAUAGAAAUGAUAAAAUAGAGCAACAGAAAUGAGCAAGAGGAAAAAAACAAAAGGCCUAAAAGGUUAAUUAGGAAAAGAGUACAAGUAUAACAAAAGCUAAAAAGACGGUAAAGCAAAAAUAAGGUAGUGGUAAAAGAGACAGGAGUUGACAGAUAAAAGAUAAAAGUUUUAAUAGUAAAAACAAAAAGCAGACAAAUUUGCAAAUAGGAGCGUUGUUUCAACCCCAGAGUUUCUGUUUCAGUUUGAGGCAGUGAUACUUUGUACAUUGCACCACAUAUAAAAAAAUUUGCUGCCUAGUUUGCAGGAAACGAUUCUGCAAGAACCACAAUAACUCUACAUCAGUUUCUUGAAACACCUGCUGCUGUGAGAACUCCAAAGCUGCUAUCGGUGCUACCCUCCAAAUAAACUACUAAACUGAAACUUUGUGACAGUCAGAGGCUAACAAUGAGGCCAGUGUUAAGAGAAGCUGAUUGUGCCUUGUUUUUUGGACACAGUGUGGCAUGGGGAUUGUUAGUGUUGCUGAAUAACCCAUUAAUAGCUCUGAAUGGAUGCUUUAUAAAACCUUGCAGCGGUUGUGUUAUGCUGACUGUGUGUUUACUGUUGUUCUGACACUGUAGUUUGAAUGUCAGCAGCUAUCUGGACUGGUAUGAGCUUCUUGUGGUUGCUAUAAUUAACGACCUGUCAGUUUUUUCUUCUUGCAGCUCUGUGUUGAACCGUUGAAGACGUGCUCCUCUGCUCUGCUUUUGUAGUCAGCAUGUAACUGGAUUUGUAUUUAAUGUUUGUUUUUCAGAAAUACCAAUUUCUGGUGGGAUUUCUGAGUCAGACUGUGGAGUCCUGAACUCAAAGCAGCGUUAUGAGUCUGAGUCAUGCAGCAAACGAUUGCCGUACAUCUGCAAGAAGACUGUCAAUGCUUCCCAUACAGAAACAACAGGUAGAUCAGCUGAAAUAAAUCCACCCUCCUUUUUCUUUGUUGCUCCGAUUCUCAAGCUCUUUCCAGGUUCUGUGCGUAAAUUGAUCCAACCUUCUCCUUGUCUUCUCCUUCUUCCUCUUCAGACUCUCUUGUUUAUAAAGAAACUGUUUGUCAGGACGGCUGGGUCCCAUGGAACGGCUGGUGCUACAGGUUGGUGAAGGACAAACCUUUAAACUUCACCGACGCCCAGAUGCACUGUAACCUCACCGAGGGAGGGGGUGGAGGCUCUUUGGCCAGCUUUCACUCCAUCGACAGCAAAGAGAUGAUCAGCACCAGUUUCCACGCUGGUAAAGCAAACCUUUUGAAAUGGUUUCUCUCCGUCAAAGCCUGGGCUGUUUGACUCCAGCUGAUGUUUUUAACUUGUGUUUUUAUUAUCCAACAGACGGUCUGUUAUUGGAUGUGUGGAUCGGUUUGAUUGGAUCGCCUGUAAACACCACCGUCUUCAAAUGGAUCGACGAGGCACCUGUAACGUUCACUUACUGGGACAAAAACCAACCAGUUCAGCUCGCUGUGGAUACCAGCUGUGUCUUCUACUCAGGGGAGGUGUGUGUGUGUGUGUUUUUCUGUCUUCUUUUACAUUGUUUCCAGCCUUUUUUUGUGUGUUCUUCCAAAGCUCUCGAUGUGUCCUUUUACAACCUGCUACAUCUGUCCUCCUCAGCUUCAUAGAUGGCGGGUCGGGAACUGCACCAUGAAGCAACCUUUUAUGUGUCAGAAGAAAGGACAGGUCAAGGAAUCUGUGGCACUAGCUGGAUGUAGCUUUAAGGAUGUGAGUAUUGUCCAGUUGAAGUGAAUUGAAGUAAAACUGUUGUUAGACGUCAUAUUUAGCAUUUGAUAAAAGGACUAAACCAGCACUAAGCACUAAACCUGCUGGUCUCUAGUUACUGUCCACUGAUAGAAAAACGCUGUCACUUUUCUUUAUGAGCAAUAAGUUUGUAGAUUUUUGUCUCCAUCAUGUAGUUUGCUCUUUUUAACUUCCUGAGUGCAAAAAAAAAUAACCCAGUGUGAAAAAAUGAGCGACAGAUUACUCUAAUACAAUAAAGAUCAUUGGUUGAUUUUUUUAUCAUAAAUGAAUGGAUGAAUAUUCUUUUAUUGAGUCUCUGAUCAAGCUUCUUUACAAGUCUGUUCUUAAGUGUUUCAUAUUUGUGUGAAUAAAUAAAAGCUGAAAUCAAUCAAUAUUUAUGAUUGGUGUUAAUAUUGCAGGGUUGGAGAAGACACGGAAAUUCCUGUUACCAGCUGAACACCCAGAAAGUGCUCUUCAAAGAUCGCUGCAACAUCACAAUAAGAAACGGGUGAGAAAAAUACAGACGAGACAGACCUCUAUUCUGGAUUAUGUUAUCUUCCUGUGUUUCACUCACAUUUGGCUGUUGUUUCAGGUUCGAACAGGCCUUCAUCAACCGUUUACUCACCGAGCAAAUCAACAAAGAGCCUCAGUACUUUUGGAUCGGGCUGCAGGACAUUAAGAACACCGGGGAGUAUCAGUGGCAGAGCCAGGAUGGAUCCUCUGGUGUGGUCACUUACACCAACUGGGGCUGGUUUGAACCAGGUUAGUACAAAAUUCACCACCUACAAUGGACCGGUCCAACACCGGAGGACUAAGGCCGUGUUUCAAGAUUUCAGAACUAUUAUUUGCUGCAUUUAAAUCAAAGCCCCCCCAUGUAAGAUACGUAAGAUUCUUGUUGUUUAAAAGUUUCCAUUUACUCAUUUACUUCACUGUUUUGGGUGCAGGACUUAAACAGUAUGUCAAGACUGAGUAAGUUUUGAAUUAUAUCGAUUUUUUUAACAAAGGAGACUGAUUCUGUGGUCAUUUUGGAUUUUGCAGCAUACAAAUACUUUUAUUUUUUUUUAUACUUUUAUACUUACUUUUUUACCAGUAUUUCAAAGUUAGUUUGAAUCCCAAAAAUGUCACAACUUUUGAAAUUAUUAUUAUAGUAAAAAAAAACAAAGUUGUCAGUCUGUCAAGUUAAGAGUCUUCCUUGCUGAAUAUAGAAAAGUAAUGGCUGAUGAAAAUUUUGGUCAAGACUGUAUGCACAUUUUCAGACACAAGUUAAAUAGAAUUGUGUUGUACCUUUAUGUGAAGGUUAGUGCACAAAAACAUGAUUAAAAAGAACUGAAAUGAGCUAUCAUAUGUUUCACCCCUGUAAAGAGAUUAUUUUUCAGCCCUUAGUCUGACCUUCUCUUGAUUUUGUCCUUACCAGAUUGUAAUCAGCUAAAAAUGACUCUACAUAAUCUCAAAGUUGUUUUGUUUUGUAUUAUAACAAUAAAAGUGUCAGUUAUCUUGCACAAUUAAUCAAACUUCCUCUUCCUUUGAAUUUCAGAACGAGACGGAGGAUGUGCGGUCAUUUCCACUGCAAAACCUCUGGGCAAGUGGCAGGCCAAAAACUGCACCUAUUUUAAGGCAGGCACCGUUUGUAGAACUGACCUCAGUCCAGUCCAACCUCCAGGGCCAGAGCCCAACCUCAACGUGAGCUGCCCUGAUGGAUGGGCGUCUAAGCCGAACAUCAGAUACUGCUACAAGGUGUGUGUUUGAAAAACUGCCAUGUGGAUUACUCUGUUACUUGAAUCGGAGUCUGCUUCAGUUCUGGGCUUCAAAGUCUGUUUACUGAUCAUAGGAACUACUGAUGUGUGUAAAAAUAAUACAUAAUAAUACAUUUUAUUUAUAAGCGCCUUUCUGGACACUCAAGGUCACUUUACAAAGUAAGAACAGCAGCAUAAAACAACAAGACGGAAGUGUGAAGCAUUUUGCUGCUCCAGAAGGGGCUGAGUGAAAUGUGAUAAGCUGUGAUACUCGAGUCAAAGCGAGCCGAGUGUGAGGACCAAUCAAAGUGAAAGUGAGACAGUCUGUGCAUAAGAGGAGAGCUUACCAGAGUACUGCAGCACAACUUUAAUGUCUGCUCAAUGCUUGAUAUUACAUGAGCUGAUUGUGGCAAAGCACAUAAUCUAAAAGGUUACUUUCUAAUUUUGAUCGGAGUGGCCUUUCAGUCGUCAAACAAAGAGCUCACUAUGAUUUAAAUAAAAUAUGAUGAGUUAUCUAGACCAGAAUACGGGGAAAAAAUGUCAGACAAGAGCUUAAUGUUUGGCGGAAACGUGCUAAUUAAGACCUCUCACUUCCUCAUCUUUGGUGUGAAAAAGAAAAGACGACUAACUCCUGUUUGUUCCAUGGAGCUGUUUUUUUUUUGCACAGCUCUAUUCUUGUGCUCUGUAUGGCAGUUUUAGACAUAAUAUUUCAGGUGCAGCCCUGAUAGUGUUAAAGGGAAUGAAACAGUGAAAUAUAGAAACGUAAUUCAAAGCUUUAAUGUGUGGUUUCAUAUCUGACGUUUCUGGUGUUAGCCUCAUGUAAUUUCUUUGAAAUUAUGAUGACAAGGAAGUGCAAUCAAUAGUUCUCAUUAGGGGUGCACCGAUCACAGUUUUCUGUCCGAUCACCGAUCUUUAAAAAGCUUGACCUGCCGAUACCGAUUUUGGCCGAUACCUUUUUUUUUUUUAUAUAACUGACAACAAACACCUUCGAUGCUCCGAUCUUAUUUUAAUGAAAAACCUUGAACAACACUUGUGAAACAAUACAAACUUUUUGUGUUUGUUUAACGUCACAUGAGGUAGUUCUCUCAAAUAUAAAUAAAAAGUUUAUAAUAUUGCUGUCCAAACUACUAGAUUAUAUCAGUUCCUUUAGUCUUUUAUUUACCACAUUUUAAAAAAUUAUAAAUACUUACGCAACAGGUCACACUGCAGGCCUGUUUUAAACCUCUUACUAAACUAAAAUGCACAGCAGUAUUUUGCUUUUAUAAAUAUAGAAAAUCACAAGGUUUGAGGAAGUAGUAAAAUAAUAAUCUACAGGACAAACUAAGAACAAAACUUAAACUACCAAUAAACUGUCCUGAGUUUUAGGUUUUCUUGUAGGGGGUUCACCUUGCUUGGUUGAUCAUGCUCCAGAUGACACAGGCGUGCGUGAACACGUGACUUGGUAGGUGGGUCUGUCAUGCAGGCGAAGCAAAAAGCUACAAUGGCUGACUUUCAGACCUUUGCUGAGGUAGAUAAGAUCAGUGGAUAAAAUCAGUUUCAUAUGUUUCAUCUGUAAGGAUUAGCCGAUCACCAACCCGCAUUCUGAAAAGUAAAGUUAACCUUGUGAAGUUACCUCAAAAACCAUGAUUUAUGUUUUAAAAUUUCCUCAAAACCGAAAGAGAUGAAGCAGAGGAGUCAUAUUUGGAAGAAUUCAUUCAUUUUAGGUCUUGUUGCUAGAUUGAAUGAUUCAUUUUGCUUUUUAGGUCAUUUGUUUUUCAGUUUGAUGCCUGACAUUACAAAGUUUUGUAGGAUUUAAAGCUGCUGUGUAUUUUCCCCCAUGGCUCUCAUUCAGCUGGCUUACAUAUUACACCGGUUACUGGACUUCCCAAACUUUAUUACUACAGUUUUAGUAGCGGCUGUUCUGAGUUGAUGUUUUACCUCCUCAGGUGUUUCAUGAGGAGAGGCUGAGCAGGAAGCGCUCCUGGAAGGAGGCUGAGAGUUUCUGUCAGGCUCUGGGGGGAAACCUGCCCAGCUUCAACAGCUUCGCAGAGAUGAGGACCCUGCACAGCAUCAUGAGAGAAACCAUCAGGUACUGUCGACGCUCUUGUGCGCUCAGAAUUGCACAUGCGUAAUUAUCCUUACUCUAGUUGUUUAUUUUGUUCGAGCCUAAGCUGCAGCUCUUGCAACACUCUAAGUGACUGCAUGCAGAGGAAUGUGUGUGUGUGUGUUUUUGUGUGUGUAUAAUCGUUCUUAUUGGACUAACAUUUAGAGUGCAACAAGCGAGAAUAAUGCCAAGUGUUUUAGUUCUGUCUCCAUUAGUGAUGACCUUAGAGUUCAACUUUCCUAGAGUUCAUUUCAUAAUCACAGUUUGGUUGGAUGUAAAGUCCAACAAUAUGUAAAGUCUGAAGUCUUGGUAAAUCAGGCCCUAAAUCAGGGCUUGACACAAACUUUUUUCAGAGGGAGCGCAUGUGCUUCUAAGUUGAAAAAGUAAGGAGCACACAAAGAACUUCAGGGGCACAAUGAAAGUUGAUUAAAUAAUGUUUGUCUUCUUGGUCGACAAGUUCUAUUACUUUAAAUCAAUUUUAGGUCAGUUGGUCACAUGACAUGGAAGCUUUUGAAGAAAAUGUUCAAAAUUUGCCUUUAAAUUUAACACAUGGACAAAUUAGGGAAAUAAAGAGGUGUCUCACUGUCUGACUUAGGUCAAUUGGUCACAUGACAUGGAAGCAAUAGAAGGAAACCAGCCUUUUUUGAGUACAUCAACCGGUAAUUUAUUGAUGGUCCCUUAUUCAACACCCGGCGUUGACAUCGAGGAUGCUGAGUAGAUUUAAACACGCUGCUGUUGCUAUGCCCGGUUAUGGAGAGUGAGAAGACACCCGUAGAUCCGUAUUAAAUGUCCGUCAGAUAUCCAACCUAAACCAAACUUCACUGUGGUAUUUACAUGAAAAAACAUUUGUUGCCUCGGCUGAUUUUUUUUAUGUGCACAUGUGCCUCGAAAUACACUUUGCAAUUCGCACACAUCUAUUUUUAGUCGCAAAUGCGAGUGAAGCGGUUGAACUGUCAAGCCCUGCCUAAAUGUACUGACCAAAAGUAGUGAGGAAAAAUGUGUUUUUGACAUACGUCUACCUUCAUACAGUUAUAUAAACUAUAACAAUCACAAUUUCACUUAUGUUGGGAUCCUUUGCUGGAAAACAUCAUGGUGACUUUUUCCUGUGUGUUUGCUUCAGUGACAAUCGUUACUUCUGGGUCGGCCUGAACAGGAGAAACCCGGCUGAUCGCUCCUGGCAGUGGAGCAACGGUCAGCCUGUAAGUUCUUAAAAAACCUUUAUUUUUCUCCAAACUCAUCUGUGGAUUCAUGCAGAUUAAUUUAACUAUGGCAUAACGACUGGAGUUGAAUCCUGAUAAUGUGAUUUCUCAGGUGUCUAUGGAUGUGCUGCACCAAGACUUCCAUGAGGAUGACGCCUACAGUCGUGACUGUGCUGCAUUCAAGGUAUUCUGGGUGGAUAAAUCCUACUAAAGGAAAAAUAGUUGACUUUCUUAUUUUGCUUUCGCACUUCAAAGGAUAAUCACUCCCUUUUCUCCAAUCUCAUAUUAAGCAUAUUUUCAGGAUUUGUUUUUUCCUCUCAUUUUUACUGUUUGAUCUGUUGGGUGAAGGCCAUUUACUCAGCUGCUGGUGGGAGUGAGCAGAACGGUUUCUGCUGAAAUCUGCCCCCCCUUAGGGUUGAUGGUGAUAAUCCUGUAACCAGACAGCCAGGCAGAGCACUGGUUCUCAUCACACAGAGAGAAAAAAAGAGUGCCAGAUGAUUCCCUUUUGCUGUUUUCUUCCAUCAAGAAGUUUUGGUCUCUAACCUCUGCUCCCAUUUAGCUUAUCCUUGUUUGUGAUGGUGUUGUCAGAAAGGCUUCUUUAAUUAUCUGUCAACAAUACUACAUCGUCACAUUACGACUGUGCUUCUUUAAGGAUAACAUUUGUAAAAACAAUCUUGUGUCCUUUCAGACAGCAAAGGGCACACUGAAGCACCUGUUUGUGUUUCUGCUCCACGACUUGCCCCCCACGCCUUUCUUCGCCACACCGUUUCACUGUGACGCCAGGCUGGAGUGGGUCUGUCAAAUACCCCGUGGUAAGAUAACAAGUGCGACUGUGUAUGAGGUUUUAUUUCUGUUUGUUUGGCCAGUGUUAUUAGACACAGCAGUUUGAUUUAAAACCAUGAAUAGCUCUGGAAAAACACUCCAAGCCUUUGUUUGUUUGGUUAUUAUUUUAAUACUUUUACUUCUUCUUCUGAUUCAUUUUUGUUGAUGCUUCAACAGGAGUAAAGCCGAAGAACCCAGAGUGGUACAAUCCUGGUAAUGACCGCAUCUUCCCAAAAUUUGCAUUUGAAGUCUGGUCAUCUUUUGAGUUUAUUUUUGAAACCUCACAGAGGUUCACAUGUCCUGAUUUUGAAGCUGUUUUGUUGUGUAUUUCAGGCGGACACCAUGAGUCAUCUAUCUUUGUUGAUGGGGCAGAGUUCUGGUUUGUAAAGGAGCCUAAGCUAACAUUUGAGGAAGCCCAGCUCUACUGCAGCUCAAAUGGAAGCAAACUUGCUGCACCAACGACCUCAACGGCUGCCAGUCGGAUCCAUGAGCACAUCGUAAAUGUAAGUGAUGAGGAACGGUAAAUGUCCUGGUAAUUAAUGGCUUUAAAGAACGCCAUAAGACCAGGUAAACGGACCCUUUAAUGAGCCACACCUCUCUUUGUUUCUGUUGAUUCACCUGGUAGGCUCUAGGCGCUAAGAUGGCACCACAGUGAGAACAGUAGAAAGUUACUAACUUGACUCCACUGAGUCUUCUGAAAGAAAUAAGUUCUUGAUUUCAGCCAAGGGGAAAAAAUCAGUGGCUCUGUUUAUCAAAAUUAGAGUGACCACAUUCUGACUUCCUAAAAAGAGGACAUGACUGUGCGGGGGCGGAGUCACAGAGUCGCACAAAGUUAAUUUUGAGAGUUUUUCGGGUCGGAUCGAGUUUCUUUUACGCGCUUCUAACUCAGUAAGUCCACGUGACACGAAAUCGAAACUUACAGACAAAACCGUGGACAUUUGAAGGAUCUUAUAAACUUCCCCAGACAAAGCCGGACAGCGCCCAAAAAAGAGGACAUGUCCAGGUAAAAGAGAACGUAUGGUCACCUUUAUCAGCAUGGACUGAGAGUUUCACCAGCUGAAAAUGACCGUCAUCAUGGGUCAGUUUGAGUUCUUCUUGUAAAACUAUAUUUGGUCAGUCUUGUUUCUAGGUAAGGUCAGACAAUGGUCGAUUUAUUCAGGCUAGAGUAACACGCAGUGCCUGUGCAGUUUGAGACUGACGGAUAGAGAUGAACCUUAUUUGCCUUUUAAAGUUUAUAAUGCUGACAUUUGUCCUCUGUGGGUAUCUGUAGUUGUUGUACAGGACAUGAUGACCUUAAAAUUCCUUCCUUCACUUGGUGCUUCAGGAAAGUGGACGGUUUUUCAUGAGAAUGCAGCUGGAAGCUAUAAAAAUAAAGCAGAACCAGCUCUGCCUUUAAGGGUAACCACACAAGAAAAAUAAAAACAUUAGUGUGAACACAAGAUCAGUGGUCCAAAUGAGAGCCACUUUGCAAUGCAGGCCUCCUGGGAGUCCUUAAACCCUGUGGAGAGCGGUCUAAAAGUCACAGAAGAACCCUUUGAACACUUCAGAGGCGUACAUCAAGUACAGUCGAGCUUUUAUAAGAAAGAAAGUAUCAUCUGAAUGAAAUCUAUGCAUAUCUAUGGUACUUCUCAGGGAACUACUCCACAUUUGAAAUGUGCUAAUCUUUAUAUCUUUGCUGUUACACAACCCUCUUUACUGUGAAAACACUUGAUAAAACUUUGCUCAAAACAAGCUCAGGUUGAUUAUUUUCUUGUGUUUUGUUUCUUUUGUCUUUUUUAUUGAACAGAGAUCCAGUUCUUACAAACAUAGCUGGUGGGUGGAUCUAAGAGAGCCUGGAAGGAUAUACCCCAUGACGUAAGUGGGCACAAUAAGUCACAGAAUUAUUGUGUUGUGCAAACAAUAACCACAUAUUUCAGUUGCUUUCUUUUUCAGUUGAUUUAUUUUUAAAGUUAGACCAUAAUGUGAUGUUAAUCUGGACUUCAUUCAUUCAUGCUCUAGGUACACCCAGAUGUACUUUUAUCACUCCAUUUUCCUGGGAAGAUGCACCUCCAUCAGUCCUGAAAACUACUUCCCAGGUGAGUAAGCACUGCAGUGCAUAUUUCAUGACCCCUUCCUAAAACAGUUGGAGAAAUCUGUCCAUAUGAGGAGGAAGGAGACAACAACACUGGCUUAGUUUUGUCUGUAUCACACAACUGUAACAAUACAGAUAAUUCCUCAAACACAAGAGAGUCAAAUCCAUCUCCUCUUUUAUGUCUUGGCAAAUGUUAAAACUUCAUACUUGGAUUUAGAAGAGCAGACACAUUUCCUCCACAAGAUUUAAUCCAUGAAACAAAAUGAAAAUAAGGCCCUAAAACAUAUUUUCUCAAUCAGCCUGUGACUGUCUGAGGCAGUGCUGUGUAAAAACAAAGUGUUCUGCCAGGAUACAGCUCGUUUUGGUUGUGUCAUCAGAGAAGUGUGUGUGUAUUUCUGCCGUUUUCCCUCUUCUCAUUGGUUUGGUGUGGGUGGGAUGCAGUUGGAAAGAAGUGGUAGCACAUGUACUGAUGCAAAAAGCACGCAACAAGAGCAACAUUUGGUUGAAAUCUAACCAGAUCAGAAAGCUUGUUUUUUUUUUUUUUGGUUUGGAGGAUUUUAAGAGGUGUAAGAUUGUUCAGUUUGGUUUUGGAUAUUAAAGCUUUUAAAAAACAUAAUUAAGACCAUCAAUACUGGUCAACACAUUUCCUAUCUCAUACUGACUUGCAGAGCAUGAACGCAGUUGCAGACAGCAGUUGUCUUUUGUGUGUGAGAGACACAACAUCACAUCAGUGGAGAGAAACCCUCUGGAGCCUCAGCUUGAAGGUCUGCCCUGUGGAGCCAACUCCCUGUCCUUUAGAAACAAGGUCUGUACAUUCAACACAUGUAACACUGUGUAUACAUUUAGACAAUGCAUGAUACUUAUAUAAUAAUAUAUAGGGCUAUCACGUAUAACAGCUGAUCCAAAUCAUGAUGUUUUUAUAAUAAUCUUUAUGUAAAAGAUCCACAUUACAAGACAAGACAAGAGCGUUGAAAUGUGUAAGGUUGUUGUAUGAAUCUGAUAGUCCAUAUAAAGUUCAACAUAAAACCUGGACACUGUAUGACACAUUUCAGAUCCAAUAGAAUCAGGAAAGGCUUUCAAACAGACAGAAGCUACUUAAGCAAGAACUCUAAAUCCAAGUAGAAAAACACAAAAGGGACUACCGUAAAGACAUAUUUUUAUAGAAAAACAACAAAGAAACUCUUCAUUUCCAUCUACAAAUCGUUAGUUUCUCCCAUGUUACGCACCUGUCAGAAUCAGAAUCAGAAAUACAUUAAUAAUUGACAUUGUCCAGUAUAGAGUGGAGCUUGGACAGGGAGCGGGUGUGCAACAUAAAGUUUUCAACAAGAUUCUGUACCUUCCCAGACUCCACAACAGGAGUGAGAUUUGAAUAAAACCUCAACAGCGAUUUAUUUGCAAGAUAUGAACAUUUUACACUAAUAAGAUAGAGCGAAGAAAAUACCUCAGAGUGAGCAAAGGAACAAAAAAAAACAAGCGACCUCUUCUGGAAACACUAACGUACCUUACAUUACAGAAAUCAACAAAAUGGCAUAAACUAAAUUUAGCUCCCUCAAAGGCAGAGACACACAGUUAAAGUGUGCAAUACAGCCAGGGCCAUAUAAAUAAAGACAGUUUGUAUGUGGACAAAAGUCAUGACAUGUUUUGAGCUUACACUGUUGAAUUAAAGUGCUGUGGCGUGGCUGUAAAGUGAUUGUUAUUUCUUUGCAUGAAAUCUUUUCGAUGUAAAACUAUCCACACAAAGUCACCUUGUGCUGGCUGCUAAUGCUAACCAUUGUGAGGUUGAUAAGAUACUCAUUCAAAAAUCUAAAGCUUGAAAUUGACCCGUUGCACGUCUCUGUCUGUCAACUCCCAUUAUCUCACUAUCAAAACAAAGACCAAACAGCAGCUUCAGUCAUAAAUACGGGUCGAAUAAAAUGUGAUCCAGCAACAUUGUUUCACUGUUUUUCCCGCUAGUGUUACACUCUGAUGAGGAGCCAGAAGCCUGUUGCUUUCAAUUAUGGAAAUGAUGAGUGCCGGUCUGUGAGGGGAACACUGGUCUCGAUAUCAGAUCAGGUAGAGCAAGGUGAGAACAACUAGUUUUUUUUUUUGUUCGUGUUUGUUUCUAAAGUUCCUUGAAUGAUGGUUUCCUGAGAUGAAUUCCUCAGACUCAGAUGCUCUUUUGCACACAAAUAAGGAUUUUGGCCUAUAUGUGUGUUUUAGACUUUAUCACCACACUUUUGCCGGAGAUGAGGAACAUGGACAGGAUCUGGAUUGGUCUGAAGAUCAAACGUGAUGACCCUGAAUGGGUGGACCAGACCUCAGUUGACUUCCUGAAUUUCAACCCCUUGCUCCUGGGCAUGCACAGGGCUAUUAAAGUCAAUGUAAGUGGGUGAAGUCGUCAUUUAAUGCAAACUACAUUUAUAAUCUAUCUAAGGUCUUUUUUGAACAGGCAGAACCAUGUUUGGAUUUAGGAGUUAAUUCUUGAUCUUUUACCCCUUUUUUGCAGACAUGGGAUCCUGCCAGCAUGGAUCUGUGUGUAUUUAUGAUCAAUAACCCCAACUCGGCCAUGCUGGGUACAUGGGACUAUUCUUCCUGUGCACAGUUUCAACAUGUGGGCAUUUGUCAGCACUAUGCAGGUACCCUAAUACUAAUACUUUUAACCCUUCAUCCUUACCCUGAAUCAGCGGUCUCAGGAGCCACACGCUCAACCAAAACGCCACUCUAUAGCCACAAAUAAUGCUCAGAACAGCACCUAACUUCAUCAACAGUACAUAUAGGGUCCCAGCCGUAUUACUAGCCAUCAAACAUCUUUUUAACUUUGCCUGAUUUCUUUUGCAAAGAGACUAAACACAACUCACCCACUCUCCUCCAGCAGCCGCUUGUUUGUGGGGGAGCCCCGGCCGUUGUGAGCAUUAUUUGUGGUUAUAGAGUGGCGUUUUGGUUGAGGUUUGUUUAUGGCUCCUGAGACCGCUGUGUAUUACUAUCGUGCGGUCGUUACUAAAGUUGGUAUAACUAGAGAAGCAAGAGUCGGCAACAUUCAUCUCUCGAGGGGGUGUCUAACUUGGUGUUACAGUGUGUUUGGCCCUAACUUAAUUUUACGCCAGAAUAUCCCUUUAAUUCUUACCCAAGUUCCCAGAUAAAUAACUAAAAGCCUGUUUCACAAUUUACCUUCGCUCAGUUUCCUUCAAAACUCCAUUUCAGACAAACUUGAGGCACCCAGCAUACCCACGGAGCCCUUCAGUGUCAAUAACCACACCAUUCUGCUGCUUGCUAAGAACCUCACCUGGUUCGAGGCGUUGGAGCAGUGCAGAGGUAACAAAAUGGACUUGGCAAGCGUGUCCGACACCUUCCUGCAAUCCACCCUGACAGUGCAUGUGAGCCGAGCCAAGACGCCCAUGUGGAUUGGCCUCUUCAGUGAAGAUGUAAGAGAGCCAAAAAAAAAGAGUUUUCGUUUUUUUGGAUUUGUUGAAAAGAUCAUUUUAAAAGUAAUGACGUGUGUCUGUUGUGCUCAGGAUGGUAUCCAUUAUCGCUGGACAGACCACAGUCAUACUGUGUUCAGCCGCUGGUCCUCUGAUGUCACCAGCGGAUCCUGCGUCUACCUGGACACCGAUGGCUUCUGGAAAGCAACAGAGUGUGAGGAAGAGCUGGGGGGCGCUAUCUGCCACAAACCACAUGGUGAGGAAUCAAGUAUACAGAAAUAGCUGUUCUGCUUCCCUCUGCUGGUAAAACUUUUUGAAAAACACACCAACAUAGCAUUAAGUUAAAAAAUAAUGAAUGCUUUCAGAGACAAAUGUCAAAUAUCAAUUUCCUCUCGUACUAAAAGAUUUAAGUAUCAUGUCCUUUUACAGUAUGCUGGCAUUAUAAAAACUAUUUAGUGAAAAUAUAAACCUGUGUGUUACAGAAGAGAUCAUCACCACACCAGAGGACGUAGCAGUCAAGUGCCCUCAUAAGAUCAACGGACCAAACUGGAUCCCCUACAAGAACCACUGCUACUCCUUCCAGCUUGUUGCCUCCAGAUGGGAGGAGUUCGACCAAGGAAGGAUUCAAGACACCUGCAAAAAACUCUGUAAGGGUUUCCCAGCAUAAGGAGCAUGUUCAUUUCUGUGGAGGAAUUUGAAUUUAGACAUGAAAAAAGAGAACAUAUCAAGCAGGUGGACCGAGAAAGUAAUAUCAACUAACAAACGUUUAGUAACAUUUCCAUUUAAUUACUUUAAAUUAUAUUUUCCAGCCUGCUUCCUUAUUCAUACAGUAAAAUAUUUGACAAAUAUUGACUGGUGUUGUUAAAGGUGUUGCCUUUAUACUUUAGAUGCGGAUGCAGACAUCCUAACCAUCCGAAACGCUGAGGAGAAUGAGUUCAUUCAGCAACAGCUGGUUCCAUUUCAGAACCUGGUCCAGUUUGUGUGGCUGGGGCUGUUCAAAGAUGAAAACGGUUUGUUUGAGUUCUCUUUAAAUCUCUUUUAUGUUUAUGUUUUAUUUAUUUGACAUGGACAUUACAUAGUACAUUGGACGAACCAGAUGCAUUGCUUGAGUGUGUUCCUUUGAGUAGUCUUUACUCCCCAGAACCCUCCGUAUAUUAUAUAUGAUGCUGAUCUGAUAUGUAAGAGUAACCAGUGUUUUUGUUCUGCUGAAGAUAACCAAAUGAAGUGGUAUGAUGGCACCAAUGUCCAAUACUCCAACUGGGCAAAAGGCCGACCAGAUGUCCGUGAACAAUUCUUGGCUGGACUCACCAUCAACGGCAACUGGAUUCUCAUCACAAACCGAAUCUUAUUCCCAGAGUUCAAGCAGCGAAGCAUUGUGGCCUGCAAACUGGACAAUGGUUGGUGCUUCAUAUUUAACAUUUAUUCACAGUUUUUUUUUACCCCCACUUCUUUUUUGAACAUUUACUGAAGAUAUUUGAAGUUUAAAAGACCUCUGACUGGUUUAAUCCUCCCCUCCCAAGAAUCAAAACAGGAGUACAACCAGUCAUCCAGGGAUUACCAGUGUUAUGGAAACUUAUCCUAUGAGGUUUUGACCAAAAAGCUGAGUUGGUACCAGGCUGUGGAAGAGUGUGGUCAGAGAGGAGGCCACCUGGCGAGUGUCCAUGACGUCCAGCACAACGCACACAUAAGGCUCAUUUCCAAGACUGAUGGCUUCCCGCUCUGGAUUGGACUAUCAAACCAAGAUGUAAGAAUUUAAAUUGUCCAAAACAUGAGUAAAAUAUCAAAUCUAGAUAUAACUGAGCCCUAAAGUACAUGCUAGGAAGAGUUCUUUCAUACAAUUCAACUUUAACCAGACAGUCUCUGUUUCUGUCUCCAUGUAGGUUAGUGGUUCUGCUUAUGAGUGGUCCGAUGGAACCGUGUUUGACUACAAAGCCACCAUCUCUGAGUCGCAGAAGAGCUCCAGCUCCGGGAAACAGGAGACCAGCUGUGUCUAUGUAACACCUGCUGGGGACUGGAUGAAGACCAGCUGUAACACACUGAUGGAAGGAGCCAUCUGCUACACCACCAACAUUACCACCCCUUCUCAGAGUGAGACACCAGAGUGUUAAAAAUAUAAAACCACACUGUUCCCCUUAGAUUGUCUAGUCAGGGGGAUUAAGGAUUGUUUAGUCCAGGUUAAUCAGAGAAGAAAAUUAGCACCUACGCUCCAUUUUGUGAAACUUGUGCCAUUUUGUAAGAAAAAUGCAUCUGAUCGAGGUCAUGAUUUUGUUUUGUUUUUGAUUCAGGAGCCAGACUGCAGGCUGCCCCAGAGGCCAAUCAUUGCCCUCAGAGCAGUGGGAGGUCCAUGUGGGUGCAGCAUGGGGAUCACUGCUAUGCCUUCAACAGCAGCUUCUACAACUACACGGUUUUCAGCAUACAGCAGGCCAGGAGCAUCUGUCAGAAGAUGGGUGGGCUGGUGUUUCCACUGUUGAGGAUUUGUGUCCAUGUCUAUCUGAUGCAGCUGUGGUAUAAUGUAGUAUUGUUUUUUUUUUUUUUUAGAUUCUCAGCUGCUGACCAUAAAAUCCACAGAGGAGAAUGACUUUGUUUCAAACUACAUGUCUGGUGAUCCCUUCAUCACCAGCAGAGCUUGGCUUGACAUGGACUUUGAUUCUCAAGGUAAACCUGAUCUUUGAAAAAUAAGCUGAACAAUUUACUAGAAAAGUUUAAUCCUAGAUCCCUGCAUGCACAUGAGCUGCUGGUUGACCCUUUUUUUAAACCUGUUUGCUGCAAAAAAGAGGAAACUAAAAUCUUUGUUCAACAUUUGGAAAACACUACUUCAAAUGAUGGUGCUUUCCCUCUUGCUCUUGCUUUUUUCCCCCUAGGUAAGCCUUCAUCUUGGCAGGACGGCUCCACUCUGUCCUUCUCUAACUGGAAGUCUAAGGAGUAUUUUACCGAGAAAAAGCCUGGGCAGCCCUGCGCCGUCAUGACUGCCGGGGAUGAAAAAGGAAUCUGGAAUCUCGUCAACUGCGAGGCUGGCAACAGUCGAGUCAUCUGCAAAACUAAAGCAAGUGAGUAACCCCAACCACUUGUACCUUUACAGUAGGACAUUACACACAUUACCUUGUUUAAAGUCACGCACAUGGCUGAACUCCCCUCAUCAAGGUGGAGGGAUUGAGAUUAAGCUGCAAGCUUUGGGACAAACUCCCCUCAUUCCAGGAGAACAGGCGUUUUAUGUAAUCAUGGUUAUGUGUCACACAAAUAAAAAGCUGGUUGAUAAAAAUAAUAAUAGCUCACAAAAAUCCCUCCACAAUAUGAGAAGAACUGCUCAUGAUCUUUGGAUGCAGUUUUUCUGAACAUUUAAUUAUUUGUGGUCUGAUGUUUAUGAUCUCCUUUUUUUAGAAGCAGCCACCUUGUAAUUUAAAACACUUCCAAUCAAGCAAAAACAAGCCAAGGUUUUUUUUGUAUGAUUGUAUUUUUGUUUCUUAAUAAAAACAGUUUAUUUCUGUAUUAACAGCAUUGCAUUUAGUCUAUGAGCCAGUGUCUGUGCAGACCAUAGACUAUAUAGAAUGGACGCCAUCUGCCUCCUUGCUGGGUGAAGCCACUCCGAGAACAGCACCCCCUAUUGAUGGGCUGCAGUAUAGGUCAUAAAUCCCGCCUCCUCCAGCAAAGCUUAUAGGGCUGUGGACAAACUUUAGAAAUUUAUUACACAGAACAUAAAUUUUUCUCCCCCCUGCUUGCGAUGUUGACAUGUAGUUACAGUAAGACUGGUUUGUGCUCAAGUGUCCAUUUUUAAGAGUUAUUAGGGGGUUCAUGUUUUCUUUGAUUGACACCUGAUACAGCCUAUGGGCGUUCAGGGAUUGCAUAGCUCACCCGGGGGAUACGCUGUUUGAGCCGAGCGUCAUCACAGCGACUCUCAGCGACUCUCCCGCUGAAUGCGCACAACGCUACUGCGGGUUUCAGGAAAUGAAGAAAAAUCGCAAAUUUACAGACAGCUUUUUGGCUUCGAAUCCGUACACGGGCGGGAGGUGGAACCAAGUUGUCCAUAGUAUAUACAGUCUAUGGUGCAGACUUGCUGUAAGAGGGUCCAAAAUCUUGCUCUCACUUCACAUUCAGGUUUUGAAAUGUGGCGGACUCCCCACGUUAGCACCUAAACAGAGUGGGGGCAUAUAGGGUGCAGAUUUAGGGGACAGUUUUGUAAAGGCCCCUGAUCUUUCGGUUAAGCUAACUGGCUAACUCACUUGAUGUGCCCACAGUGAUGACUCUGUGUAUGUCUUACUUCUCAGAAAUUGUGUUUUGGAAUCACCAAAUUCUCCUCAGAGUGUCUGAACUUCGUGUCAGAUCAGCUGACUGUCUUUACUUCACUUUCUCUCCUCAGAGUCUUCAGGCUCCCCGGUGGCUCUCGGUCUCUUCAUCGUGGUCCUCCUCGCUCUCCUUUUAACGAUCGGCUUUGUCAUCUAUAAGAAGAAAAGAUCUUACUUCUCUUCUACUGUCCGCUACAAGAGGACUUUCGAUGAAUUUGACACCAACAGUAUUAUCACAGAAACUGACUGAGCUUGCGUACUUCAUCAGCCUCAGGGAGUCUUGAUGUGCCUGCCUCCUGUGCAUUUUAGUACUUUUUUUUUUUCUCAGCAAGAGAUGAUGCAGCUUUCCCCCCUUUUUUUAAAUUAUUUAUUUCUCCAGCUCAAGCCUGCGAUCUUUCUUUAAUUAUUCGUGAAACUGUAAAUAUUGUUUGAGAAUUGCAAACAUCUGCCAACCCAGCAUCUUAAUAUUUUAGUUUGUUAAUAAUAGCCCUGUGUUCUAAUGUAAAUAUGCAGGCUGAAGCUUUCUCUUGAAUGCUGAUCAUUUAUAGGAGUGGGGUUUUAGAUUUCUGUUUGUUUUGUUUUGCUUGUUUUCUUGAAUUUGUAUUAAGUUUUUGAAAUGCGUAAUAGAAAAAUGCAACCUGACAAACAUUCCCCUUUAGCCCUACGACUGGGAUUCAAUUGCACUGAUUUAUGAGUGACUCCAGACUACCAGAAAAAAAGGGGUGAACAAAAGUUGUAUUUAUUAUUUGUAAUUCAAACUGUUCCAGAUGUGUUUUCAAACUUAAGAAAAUAUUAUUUUCAGUUCAAACUAAUGAGCACACUAAGACUUUUUAAAGGCGAGUUUGCCUAAAAAACAGUAAACUUCUUGAUUUUUAUUUUUCCACAUUGCCUGGAAUAACACUCACAUAGUGCCUGAGUUUCUCUGUGAAUUCUUUGAUGACUGUUUUCUACCAAAGUAAGUCCUUAAAAUAUCCACAAGCCAAAGGCGGAAACUUCAGACUGUGGAUCUUGUUCAAAAGUUUGUUCAUGUUCUGAAAAAUAGUCUUUUACACCGAGGGUAAGAAGUCAUACCAUAGCAUUGAGCUUCCUUUUUCCAGCUAUUUAACCAUAAACACAAUAAAAAACAUUAGAUCCAUCUGCAUUGCAAAGUAGAAUAAAUCUGUAUUUGGAGUUGAACUGUUUCAAAAAGUCAUUAAUGUGCCUUUUAAUCCAUUUAUUUGGAACAAAUAGGAGUUGCAGUCACUGGAUUGGGUCAUCUUAAACAUAAUUGCUGAUUAUGGUGACUUUUUAAUACUAUGCGACGUGUUUUCAUUUUCUCCAUUUAGAUGGCAAAGAUAAAUCUGAUCAUGUCCUGCUGAUUAGUCUUAAAAGUGCUGGCCUUUGUCUUACCCUGAAAAUGAAUUAGACACUGUUUGCUCGUUGUGUGUCUGUGUUUGUAAAUCAGACUUUCCUAUGCACUUAACUACUGAGCAAGAACGCACUUUAAUAGGUCGUAUUAUGUUGAAGCUCGAUGAUGUUUAUAGAGGUUUAAAGACGUUCAAAUUGCACUGGCCUUUGCUGUGAAUGCUUUGUAAAUAGGAGCUGUUUGAUUUCUAAGUAAGAAUGAACCAAAGAUGCUCUGACGGAUCGUUUGAAUGUCAAAAGCCUGAGUUUUUCUUUCUCUGUGUGGAACUGCCUGAACAUGGCUGGUCAGCCCAUUCAUAUCAAGGUGUGAACCAAAUGUUGAUGGGUUGUUUUUAAGUUUGUUUUUGUUUUGAAAUCCUCACCACUCUUCUUCAGAUCUGUCAGCUCAAAUCAGGUACAGAAGCCUUUCAAUAAAACUUCCUGUCUUCAAAGACUUGUCAU